AUGUCAGUAGCUCAUUAAUAAUAAUAGAAGCUCUCGUGUUCCGGAUUACUCAUCUCCCACCUGAAAAUGGUCUGCAAUUCUACUGAGAUCCGCCUAUUUGCCUGAGGGUUUCGACCGAACACGACAAAUAAAAAAUCGGUGUGUUGGGCAACAGAAGUUUCCGUAAUCCGUAGCCAUGUCGGUGACGGCGGGGGUUACCGAUUCAGUGAUUGCGGUUAGGGAUAAACUUAGGGGUAAAAUCGGGCAGACGAAAGUGAAAAGGUAUUGGCCAGGAAAAGCUCCGGAGUGGGCGGACGAUAUCGAUGAAGGCGGCGAUAUCCGGAUGACGAGGGCGGCCGCCCUCGAGAAAGCUUUCCCCAUCAAUGAGGGUUCCCACGUUACGCGGAAGGAUGAUCCUAGGUUGCGCCGUUUGGCCCAGAGUAGGAUUGAUAAUCGCGAUGAGGUUAGGGAAGAUCAUAGGAGGAUUAGGCAAGCAGAGAUUGUUUCGACGGUGGAGGAGGAGAGCAGGAGGCUGGAAGGGAUGGAUGUUGAGGAGGAAGACGAUGAGGCCUUGGAGGAGAGGAGGAGGAAAAUUAGGGAGAAACUGCUGCAAAGACAACAGGAAGAGGCGGCGCUGCUGCCGGAGGAGGAGGAGGACGAAGUCGAGGAGGAAGAGGAGGAGGAGUCGGAGUAUGAGACUGAUUCGGAGGAAGAGACGACUGGCAUUGCCAUGGUGAAGCCGGUUUUUGUUCCGAAAUCAGAGAGGGAUACGAUUGCAGAGCGUGAGAGGCUGGAGGAAGAGGAGCGGGCGCUUGAGGAGGAAGCAAAGAGGAGGAUUGAGGAAAGGAAGAGGGAAACGAAGGAGAUUGUGGUUGAGAAGAUUAAGGAGGAUCUUGAGAUUCAGAAGAAUAUGGAGUUGGAUGCUGAUAUUGCUGAUGUGGAUACCGACGAUGAUGUGAAUGAGGCAGAGGAGUACGAGGCUUGGAAAGCUAGAGAGAUUGCUAGGAUUAAGAGGGAUAGAGAGGACAGGGAUGCUAUGCUGAAGGAGAAAGAGGAGAUUGAGAGGGUGAGAAACAUGACGGAGGAAGAGAGGAGAGAGUGGGAGAGGAAGAAUCCGAAAACUACGGCUCAAUCCAAGCAAAAGUGGAGAUUUAUGCAGAAAUACUAUCAUAAGGGUGCUUUCUUCCAGACGAACGCUGAUGAUCAUGCUGGAACAGCUGGGGCUCAUCCCAUUUACACUCGCGACUUCUCUGAUCCCACUGGAGAAGAUAAAAUGGACAAGACCAUAUUGCCGAAAGUCAUGCAGGUUAAGCACUUUGGCCGAAGUGGGAGGACGAAAUGGACCCAUCUUGUUAAUGAGGAUACGACUGACUGGAAUACUCCGUGGACCUACAACGACCCUCUUCGGGCCAAGUACAACCAAAAAAUGGCUGGAAUGAAUGCACCUAUAGCAAAACCUAAAGGGAGCAAAAAGAUGAAGGAUUGGGAGACGCAAUAAAACCUUCAAGAUCUUCUACAUCAUGCAUUUGGACACAAGUAAGCAGCCAAUUUAUAUACAUCUCUUGUGCAUCCAAGAAUGACAAGAUAUCCAAGCACCAUUUUUGGAAGUCUCCAUAAAUUAGUUGUGAUGAAGUGCUCACCGUGUGGACCUUUUGAUAACCUAGGCUCGUAAUGGUUUCAGUUUACCUAUUGUGGUCUACUUUGAAUAGCUUGUAUGUCGACUUCACUUAGGUAUUGAUCGAGUUAUAAAAUUUUAGAUGCACUCUGAUUUACUGAUAUAUAUAGCCUUUGCCAUAUUGGUGUAGUCUUAUGUUCGAUACGAUGAAUUGAAGGCGCAUAAUCUUGUAAAACAUGUGUGUUAGGACACAUAGUCGUUCAUAAUGCCAACUUUUCUACUA